AUGAGAGAGAUUGCUCAACAAAUUGCCAGGGAUGUUGUUUCAUGGGACUUGGGAGUGUCUAUGGAAGAUGUUGUUGGGAUGGAAUCUGCAAAGCAAGUUCUUAGGGAAGCCAUUGUUUAUCCAAGGAGGUUUCCAGAGGUCUUUGUUCAAGGGUUUGAGCCUUGGAAGGGACUCUUACUCCAUGGACCACCUGGGACUGGAAAAACAUUGCUGGCCAAAGCUGUUGCUUCAGAGUCAGGGUUACCAUUCUUCAAUGUCACUGCCUCAACUGUGAUCAGCAAGUGGAGAGGAGAGUCUGAAAAAGCAAUAAAGGUAUUAUUUGACAUGGCCAGAAAAAAGGCGCCUUCAAUAAUUUUCAUUGAUGAAUUGGACGCCUUGGGAAGCCGCAGAACAGAACAUGACCACGAUGCUUCCAGACGAACAAAAACUGAGCUUUUGGUGCAGCUGGACGGUUUGACGACCCACUCAAAUAAGUCCAAGUACCAAAAUUCCACCGAAUUUGGCAACCCUUUUGACACCCACAUUUUUGUCCUUGCUGCUACAAACAUGGCCUGGCACUUGUCUUACACAGCUUUAUCUCAUCAUAGGGAUGUUGAUCCUGCUCUUCUGAGACGUUUGGAAAAACACGUUUUGAUAAAACUCCCAAAUUCUGAAGAAAGGGAGGACCCAGCAAACAAUGCCCUUCAAAAAAGGACUGGCGCAGAGUUUCGCAGGACUUCGACUUCAAAUCAGUCGCAAAGGUUCGUUUCUGUUGCAAAUUUAAAAAUAAAAUACAUAAAAUUUCCGAACUUGACGCAGGCCACUGAUGGGUUCACUGGAAGCGACAUCUACUCACUUUGCAAAGAAGCCGUGAUGGCAUCAGUUCGCGCGGCGGCCGCUAGUCUACCCUCGCAACCUCGCUGUGAAAAUAAGUUGGAACAAAAACUGUCGCCAGUGACAACAUCAGCCAUCAUGACAGCAAUCAGAGAAAUGCAAGCAGCAACUUCUGCCAUGCAGAAGAAGAAACUGGGUUCUGGUGGAAGACCAAAAGUUAAUGGACUGGUUUGUCGAAUUAAUCAGCAAUUAGGGUCUGAUGGCAGCAGCAGUGUUGAUGAUGAUGAUGAUGAUGAUUGUCAGAUUUUG